CUCUACGGAAAGUUCGCAUGGACGCUGCAAAUCCGACGUGGUCGUGGGAUGAACUAGCGACCAAAUUUCUCUGUCCUCGCUUGAAGGACGUGUGUCCUCAUGAGCUCAUGCAGCACCAGCUUCGCGUUCUUCACAUCCUAUACACGGUUACAAUGGUCCAUCGUCAAGAUAAUUUUCUGGAUUGGUUUUACAGGACAAUGGACACUUACGAGGCUGUUCUGCAGUCAGCAAAAACUCAAAUACCACACCCAGGACCGUCUGAUCCUCACUGGCCGCUCACACACGAACAGACAUUUGUUUCAGUCCAUUUUCUUCCUCCUGUUGAAUCUCCAUUGAACUUGCGUUCGGGUGAUUGCUUUUUUCAAGCUCCAGUGAGUAGUCAAAUUGGUAGCUUGUCGUUCAAGUAUGUCAAAGGAGGAAGAGUGGUACCCACCAGUAUUGGCCCACAGUCUUUCAGUGUUGCAUUUACCAGGAAUUACUUACAGCAAAUUAUUUCUAUGCUGUCGCUGUCACAUGAUUUAUCAGAAUGCACUUUUAGUUUGCUUCUAGUUGGAGCAAAGGGACAGAUAGAGAGAUUGCCUCUUUUGGAGUUUGCGACACCACGAUUGAAGGGAAUGUUGUGUGCUAAAGUUUGCGAGCUGUCUGCGGUUGGACAUGAAAAGACAGAAAAUGGUUGUGAGAAGUAUCCAACGUUGGAAGAAGUGGCUGCUAAGCAGCUGGACAUAGUGGAGUCACAAUCAUCUGAUACUUUUCAUGGUCAGAGUAGUGAGGAUAAUCAUGUGGUUUCUUCAAUUGAAAAGCAGCAUUGCAACUUGAAGAAAAACAGUGAUGAGACUUCAAUGAAGAUAUUACAUUGCUAUGAAAAUGGUGUCGGAAAUGCCAAACAAGAUGUUCAACAGUUGUGUCUUGAAAGAGAGAUGGCAAGGCUAAGAACAGAUGUCAAUCAGCUAAGACAUUUGAUGGCUGACAGUCAUUCUGUUAGUAAUAUUGAAAUGGUAGCUGACCUUUCUGAAUCCGAUAGUGUGUCAACAACUCUACAGUCUGAAUCAAAGUUUAUGGGGUGGAAGAGAGACAAUCUUGUAACUCAAGCUCAGAGAUGUUUACCUGCUAAGAUAAAAGAUAUCAGCUUUGGGAUGCGGUCUGUGAUCUCAUCUAAACUCGACACUUUUCACAGUCGGUAUAAAGACUGGCGUCUUGUUGCUGAUGGCUUGGGAUUUUCCAAUGACGACAUCAGGCGUUUCAAUCAGGCAUACAGUGGUGGUAGUGGACAGUCCAGUCCUACAAUGCUUAUGCUGGAAGCAUGUGGAAAUACUGCAUGUGGCCGUUUGGUAAAUAUUCUUGACGAUUUGGAUAUGAUUGAUGUUCUUGAAGUGAUAUGUGAGUUUCAACAGCACAAAGGAAUGAAAACAAAUCAUCUUCGGUCUUCAGGAGACAAUGUGAAAGGACUAGAGAGAGAUCAGUCAUGUAUGUCAACCUUGCUGAACAGAACUGCACAUAGCCCUGAAACAUGCUCCGUAACGUGUGAAUUCAAUCCAGCCUUCAUCGCACAAUCACUGCAAAAUGGUCACGAUCAGCUAAGUGGUGGGUUGCAAGAGGCAGUGCUCUCAGUGUCGUUAUCCAAGCAUUCAGUACAAAUUAGUAGAAAGGAAAGAGAGGAAUACCAGCAAAAUGAACCGUUGUUUUCUGCUAUUGAAGACAUACCACCAGAACGACGCGAUACCAGUGAUCCAGACAUUAUGCAUCUUUAUGAUGAUGAUGCCAGAGAGUUGUGGCUCAAACUGCCAGGCAGUAGACUCGAAAAGAAAUUUUGUGAUUGUUUGCAGCCUUGGAAGGAUAUUUAUACUGGGUUAUGUCACAAAGCUGGAAGAAUCAGUCCCACAGCAGAGAAAGCCCUUUUCUACAUUCUCUGUCCUGAUCGUCACGGUGAUUUUGGUAAACGUAAAGAUUGUGGUGUGAUGGUGAGAAUGGAGGCAUUUACUAGACUAGUCAAAUGGUUUGGACCAUUGACUGGUAACAAACGAGGCUUUAUACAGAAUAUUGAACAACUUGUUAGUAAAUCGCUUGGAGCAAACAAGACGAGUUGGUUUGCUGGCUACAUGAGUCAUGUGGAUGCUUGUGCAAGACUAGAGAACACAGCAUGUGGCACAUUUCUUGUUCGGUUCAGUGAGACGUAUGGUGACAUGGGAGGCUUUGCAUUGGACCUAAUGGCAAAUGGAGAGAUCGAGAGCUUCCAUAUUGACGCUUUGCCUGCUCAAGGUAUAUUGCGUUUUCCUUAUGGGGACCAUAAAGAUGAAGACUUUGAGUCUUUGGUGGAAUUAGUUGAUCAACUGAAGACCAUUCCAAUAUCAACAGAGUGUCCAAUUACAUUAGUUGCAGCAUGCCCUGGUCUUCCAUUUAGCAGAGAAACAAGAGGCUAUCGAAGUAGAGCAAAGUAAGGGAUGCUUUACGUUUCUGUACAACAAAUGAAAAAUGGUAAUAUAUCUGUAUAGUAUCUUCUCUGAAUUUUUUAAAAGUAUUGAAAUGUGGUAGACUAGGAUAUUAGUAUAUGUACAUAGUCUAGAUCUCUACAAUAAUAACAACAAAAUAA